GUGGUAGUUCUCCCGGGGUCGGCGGGGUGUCGGGGACAGUUCGCGGCCUUUCGGGGGUUCUCCUGGCUUGGGCCAUCCCGGCUUGGCUAGAAUUGCCGGCCUGGGGCCGAGGCGCUCGCAGUGGCCUCUUCCGGGCCGGCGUGGAUCCGGGCCUCUCCAGCCAGUGGGCCGCGUGCAGCCUCGUCUGGGCUUCUGGGAGCAGCCCUGCGCGGCUAGGGGCCCUUGGCCACUGGGUCCGGGGCGCGUCGGGAGCGGCCUGGACUGCCGGAGACCCGCGGAGGGAGCGCCUCGCCGGACCCACUGUGUCCACACUGCUCUCCCUGGGCAGGAGCACUGAGGAGGAAGGGAUGGCUGUGGAUCUGCUGCCCGCUCAGGAGUCCGUGACAUUCAGGGAUGUGGCUGUGUUCUUCAGCCAGGACGAGUGGUUGCACCUGGACUCUGCCCAGAGAGCCUUGUACCGGGAGGUGAUGCUGGAGAACUACAGCAGCCUGGUCUCACUGGGGAUUCCAUUUUCAAUGCCAAAGUUGAUUCAUCAGUUGCAACAAGGAGAAGAUCCCUGCUUGGAGGAAAGAGAAGUCCCUUCAGACACCUGUCUAGGUUUCAAGACUUGGCCUGAAACAGAAGCAUUGCCUCAUAGACAGGACGUUUUUGUAGAGGAAACAUCUCAGGGAAUGAUAAAGGAAGAAUCCAUUAAGGAUGGUCCCUGGGACCUUAACUCUGAAGAAGGUGUGGAAUUUGAGAGCAGGAUAGAAGAGGAGCAAGAGAAGAAACCUCUCAGGCAAAUGAUAGUCUCGCAUGAGAAAACCAUCAGUGAAGAUGGAAACCAUACGAGUCUUGAAUUGGAGAAAAGCUUAUUUAUAAAUACAGCUCUCGUCGCACAACAGAGUGUUCCUAUAGAAAGGAUACCCAAUAUGUAUUAUACAUUUGGGGAAGAUUUUAAACAGAAUUUGGAUCUCAUGAAAUGCUUCCAAAUUUACCCAGGAGGAAAACCUCACAUCUGUAAUGAAUGUGGGAAGAGCUUCAAGCAGAAUCUUCAUCUUAUUGAACAUCAGAGAAUUCAUACAGGUGAGAAACCCUACAAAUGUAACGAGUGUGAAAAAACCUUCAGCCACAGAUCAUCCCUUCUUUCUCAUCAGAGAAUUCAUACUGGAGAGAAACCUUACAAGUGUAAUGAGUGUGAGAAAGCAUUUAGCAACAGUUCAACCCUUAUCAAACAUCUGAGAGUGCAUACCGGAGAGAAACCGUAUCGAUGUAGGGAGUGUGGUAAAGCCUUUAGCCAGUGUUCAACCCUCACUGUACAUCAGAGAAUUCAUACUGGAGAGAAACUCUAUAAAUGUGGUGAAUGUGAGAAGGCCUUCAACUGCAGAGCAAAACUUCACAGGCAUCAAAGAAUCCAUACAGGCGAGAAACCCUAUAAAUGUAGUGAGUGUGGGAAGGGUUACAGCCAGUUUACCUCUCUGGCUGAGCAUCAGAGGCUUCAUACUGGAGAACAGCUGUAUAAAUGCCUGGAAUGUGGGAGAACCUUCACACGUAUUGCAACCCUUAUUGAACAUCAGCGCAUUCACACUGGACAAAAACCUUAUCAAUGCAAUGAAUGUGAGAAAGCCUUCAACCAGUAUUCCUCCUUUAAUGAACAUCGGAAAAUUCAUACUGGGGAAAAACUUUAUACAUGUGAGGAAUGUGGGAAAGCCUUUGGUUGCAAAUCUAACCUUUAUAGGCAUCAGAGAAUUCAUACCGGAGAGAAGCCGUAUCAGUGUAAUCAGUGUGGAAAGGCGUUCAGCCAGUAUUCAUUUUUAACGGAACACGAGAGGAUCCACACUGGGGAGAAACUGUAUAAAUGUAUGGAAUGUGGGAAAGCCUACAGUUACAGAUCAAACCUUUGUAGACACAAAAAAGUUCACACUAAAGAGAAACUCUAUAAAUGGAAGGAAUAUGGGAAACCAUUAAUCUGCAGCUCCUCACUCACUCAGUAUCAGAGAUUUCUUAGAGGAGAUAAGGCCUAUGAGGCUUAGUUCAUCUCUCAAAUAAUCCAGGACUUCUCAUUGGGUCAUAAGGAGAAUAAUCAAUAGGGUACAAACUCCUAAUAGAUUUGUCUUUUUUACUUCUCCUGAAGGAAAUAUGUUAGUUGCCACUAAGUAAUGAUAACAUUGAUCAGUGAAAUUAUGAAGAGCACUGACUUGCUAAGUUUUAAAAGAACCAUAAAUUUGAAGGUUUCUAAAAACCUAUGAAAAUUUAAUUGAUAGAAAAAAUGUAAAAGGCCUAACUUUUAAAAAAUCAUGAAAAAUAGUUAAAUAUACAUUUUGUUUCUCUCAUAAGACUAUAUUCCCUUUAUAAGAGUAAGCUUCAAUGUGUGAAUUUUCUUUUAAAAACAGUCACUGAGUUAUUAAUAAUGUAAAUAAGUGUGUGGCCUUCUUUAAAAUAGCCAGCCAACAUAGGAAGCGCUUAUUUUCAUAAAGGGAAGCUAAACAUAAAAAGGAAUUAUUUAAAUUUAACUCUUCACCUGGAAAUAAUAAAGCUCUUUUUAUGAGCUGUCCCACCAGCAACUUAUAUAUGUAAACAUACGUAUAUACACAUAUGCAUGUGUGUGUGUGUAAACGUAAAAGUCCUUUAUUAUUAAAAAAUGUAGUUUUAUUAAUUUAGAAUUUAGUUCUUAAAAUCUUGCCCAAAGGUAGACUCUCUUACUUAUCUUCUGUCAUUUCUUAAAUUGACAUAGUUUUAUAUAACUGAACUGAGUACUAUUAUAGUACCGUAGAAGGCGGAUUAACUGAAGCAGCUGGAAAGACUGUUAAGCACAUACUUUGUUAUCUGUUGCAGAAGGGAUAUAUUUGGCAGAACCUGAGGCUACAUGUCUGGUAGCUCAUUAGAUCCAGGAGAGGUUUAAUUAUAGCCUUUCAUUGUACUAAUGAAGAACCUGAACUUAGUGAACAGAGUCAAGACUAGAAUCUAGGUCUUCGGAUCUGGUAUUUUGUGAUGAUUAUAGACUUAUUUCCAACCUGAGGUCCCAACAGUACUGUUUGUUUUGUAGCCUAGUUAGACAUAGUUGCAGUAAUUUAAAGUUACUGUUUUAUCUAUAAGGGUUUCCUCUCACCUUAAUCUUAAUAAUUGACUCACAACUAUAUUCUUUUUUCUUAUGAGUCCCUAAUUAUGCCUGCUUUUAUUAUAAUUGUACUUAAAUCUGUAAAGCUAGCUGAGGUCCAGAAAGUGUAAUUGCUUUUGGAUACUUCACAUAUAAGAUUGCCUUCUUAUUACACAUAUUUUAGGAAUUAUUUUGUGGAAAGUUAUAUAUGAAGAGUUAAUUAUUAAGCAUUCUUUUCAUCAAUUGAAAUGUUUAGUUCCCCCCAGGCAUUUUUCCUCCAACUUUAUAUUUGACUUUCAUUGAAUUCACAGUUGGUAUCAUAAAAAAAAAAUUAUUCUAAUACAAUUAGCUAGACCUUCUGAGAAAAAUAUUAGAAUUAAAUCCAAGCAGUCAGUAUAUUUCUUAAUUGACUGGUUUUAGCUUAUCAGAAAGUUAUUGUUUUAUGUAUUUAAAUACAUUUACAAAGAAAAUGAGGCUUUUAAACAGACCUCAAUAUUUAACAUUGUACCCAGUAGUGGUGAGCAUGCUUAGUACCCAAAUUUUGGUUCCUAAAUGCCAUUCCCCACUAACAGGAACCAGAGUUCCUUGGAGAAGUGGCUGAUUCCAUGUUUGGAGCAGGGGAAGUGGGUGGUGUGGCUAAAAUACUUUUUUUUAUUAAGAAAAUAAAAUGAAAAGCAAGAUAGUAUUUGAAGACUAAUGGGGUAAUGUCAGAAGGGGACAGGCGCCAAGUCGAAGGUAUUCUCACGGGCCAAAUUUAGGACAACUUAAAAUCAAAAAGAAUAAUCACUGAUAUUGCUGAUAAUGCUAAGAAGGAAAAGAAGUUCAUAAUGAUGAAAGUAGAGAAAAAAGAAAACUCGUUAUAAAAUUAUUUGAAGAAUGUCUUCUUUUAAAUGUACACAGAAUGAUAGAUUUGGAAAAAUUACCAUUUUACAACCCUUAAUGUAAUUAAAUCUGGCAAAAAUCAAUGGUAAAACCCAUUAGGUGAAAAAAAUUUUAAGGAACUUUGUUUACAAGGUGUCAGAAGAUCACAGAUACCUAUUGCAAAAGAAUCGCCUUUACAAUGAGAUUUGGCUGUCAAACUGCAUUUCCCUACUUCUGGAAUAAGCCAACAUUAUGUGGCUCUUGAUAGGACGCAGUAUGAAGCAUGUGUGAUCAUCCUUGAUGUACUGCCAAAAAUGUUUACCCCAAAUUUAAUUAAAUCUUUUGUCUAGACUUAUCUUCCUAUUUAAAGAAAUACAAGGAGUAGAGGAACAAGUUGAAUUACACAUUAUGGAAAUAGACAAGUCCAGAGUUGGUACAGGACAACUGGUCUGGAAUUUUUUUAAAAAUUUAUUUUAAAAUGGUUUUCUUAAAUGUACUUUUUAAACACAACAUGAGAAAGGUGUUAAAACUGGUGUAAUAGCUCAAAAGAAUAAGUAUUCCAGAUUUCGGGAGGAAUGAAGAGGGAGAUAUUCAGAAACCUUCACCAGAGUCCCCCUACCUUGAUCAUAGUGGAUUAAUGAUGUGCUUUGUAGAUGUGGUUAGUCAAUGACACCAGCUUGACGGAUCUUUCUUUCUGCUCCACACCCCAUUGAGUUAUCUGGUCCCCUUGGCUGAUGAAGAACCAUUAGGCGAGGAGCACUGGCAUCAUCCAGGGUGAUGUUCUUCAAGGGACUGACCAACUGCUCAGGUCGAGGAGCUGCAACAGCCUUGGGGCCCUCACAGACCCGCCACACAUUCCAGGUGUUGCACUUGCCAGUGCGCUGAUGAAGAGUCACUGAGAACUCUACCUCAUCUCCUGCCUGGAGCUCAAGGCCAUCCUCAACUUCAUUCACAUGGAAAAAGCUUCUUGCUAUCUCCUACUUCAUAGUUAAUGAAGCCAAACUGAUCUUUCACACAUUCCACUGUGGCCCUAUGCAGGGUUGUGAGGUUGUAAGCCAUAGUUUGUAAGCCAGGGCAUUUUGGCCCUGGUCUGGACUUUUCAAAAAGCAAAUGUAAUAAAACAAAAAGUGGUCUCUUCUAGAUUAAGGCAAGAGAGAUAAUCGAAUGGAAAGUGUGAUCCUUUAUUAGCUUCUGAUUCAUUAAAAAAAAAAACCUAUAAAAGACAUUUGAGGGGCUAUUUGGGGAAAUAGGAAGAUGGAAUGGGUAUUAGAUAAAUGUGGUGUGUUUGAUUUUUCUAGAAGUGAUAAUUGAGUUACGUCGGAUAAUGUUCUAAUUCUUAGGAGAUGCAUGCAGAAGUUUUUUUAAGUUUGAAAAGUCAUGAUGUGGGCAGCAUAUUUUCAAAUAAAUAUGUACAAAAUUAGUCAACUUUUUUUGUGGUGGAUGUAGAGAUGUUCAUUGGUCAUUUAAAAAAUUUUUCUAUGUGUCAGUUUUUAAUAAAAAUUAAUGCAAAAAGUGA